UCAGAAUUCGGAAUAAAAACACCUCAACAAACGAGGAACAAAUCCAAAAUAAAUAAUUUUCAAUCAAGUGCGUAUUUUUUAAAAAAUUAUUAAAAAUGUCCAAAAUAUUUACUCCAACAAAUCAAAUUCGUUUAACAAAUGUUGCAAUUGUUCGCCUAAAAAAAGGUGGUAAACGAUUUGAAAUUGCUUGUUAUAAAAAUAAAGUUUUAUCAUGGAGAAGUAAUGUUGAAAAAGACAUUGAUGAAGUUCUUCAAACCCACACAGUCUUUACAAAUGUCUCAAAAGGCCAGGCAGCCAAAAAAGAUGAAUUGGUCAAAGCAUUUGGAAAAUCCGAUGAAACAGAAAUUUGCAAAGAAAUCCUUAGCAAAGGUGAAUUGCAAAUAUCCGACAAGGAACGACAAUCAGCCAUGGAUACACAAUUCAAUAGUGUUGUCAAUAGUGUGGCUGCAUUGUGUGUUAAUCCCGAAACACGACGACCAUAUCCAAGCACAAUUAUCGAGAAGUCUUUGAAAGAUGCACAUUUCUCUGUUAAAUUGAAUAAAAAUACCAAACAACAAACUUUGGAAGCAAUCAAAUUAUUGAAAGAACAAGAAUUUCCAUUAGAUCGAUCGAGAAUGAAAGUUAAGGUGACUUUCCCCGGCAAAGAUGCUGCCAAAUCAAAGGAAGCUCUUGUUAAAUUAGCCACGCAUGUUGAGAAUGAAGAAUGGGAAGAUUCAACUUUGAAUCUUGUUUUACUUAUUGAUCCGGGCAAUUAUAGAAAUAUUGAUGAGUUGGUGAGAACUGCAUCCAAAGGAAAGGGAUUGGUUGAAUUAUUAGAGCUCAAAGAAGUCGUUGAAAGCGAAGAAAUAUUUUAAUCAAUCGCUCAUUUGAAAAUAAAAAUUGUUUUAAUAUAUUUUUUUAUAUAAUUUUUUUAUAAGUUAUAACUAACAAUAAAAAAGAUAUUAAAAAUUGUUUGAAA